AUGUUCUCUCAAAACCACCAACAGGGCCACUCUUCCCGCUUAAAUGGUGGUGGCCUGGGCGGCCAGCGCAUCCCUCUGCCCUUCAACUACCAGCAGGGGCAGCAUCACCAACAGUCCCACCUUCAGCACCACCAGUCCGUCCAGCAAGACCACACCGGACAUAAUGGCAACGGCGGUGCCGUAGGCCAUCAUUCGAACUACUCGUCGGGCGUGCUGUCGAAUGCGACCCCGUUCACCCCUUCCGGUCUCCAGAACGGCCACGUGGGGACGUCCACUACGACAAGGGGUGGCCAGGCCCAACCCAUCAACGAACACUGGGCGGAACAGCUGCGACUGCAUAAGGAGGCGGAACGGGCACAUGCGGCCAUGACCGAACAGGCCCAGCCUCACUACUAUGCUCGGCUGAAAGCUUCCGAAAACAAGGGCAUCAGUUACCCCUCCCCCGCAGGCAAAGCCUCGUCCGGCGAUUCGGACACGGAUGAUAGGAGACGCCCGUACAGCGUCGACAGGGCGAGAAACCAUCAGGCGUGGCACAACCUGGACAUGAGCGGCCAGGGACUGCGCAAUUUGACCCCCGCCCUGUUUGCCUACUCCUUCCUGAGCGAGUUGUACAUCGCAUCCAACAAGCUGACGCACCUUCCGGCGUCUAUCGGCCAGCUUCGCCAGCUGCGUCACCUCGAGGCCUCCUACAACCAGAUCACCGAGCUGCCGCCCGAGCUCGGCAUGUGCACGUACCUGAAAGAACUCCUCCUCUUCAACAAUAACAUCCGGACACUCCCCUAUGAGCUGGGCUCGCUGCAUCUUCUUGAGCAGCUCGGCAUCGAAGGGAACCCUCUCAGCCCAGAUCUCAAACAGGAAAUCGUGGAGAGGGGAACCAAGAGCCUUAUCAAUCUUCUGAAGGAACAGUCACCUGUCCCUCCUCCUCCGGCCCCCCGAAAGUUCAUCACUGUUCAAGAGGACGUCUCUGCGAGCUUGGAGCGGAUCAAGGUCUUUUCCUGGAACGUUCUCUGCGACAAGUAUGCCACCCCUCAGACAUACGGUUAUACUCCCACAGGUGCCUUGAGUUGGGAAUAUCGCAAGGAGUGCGUCAUGGAGGAGCUCCGGGACAAGGACGCCGACUUCCUCUGCCUGCAAGAGAUUUCGACCGAGUCAUUCAAGGAAGAGCUCAGCCCAGCCUUGGCUCAAAUGGACUAUAAGGGUGUGCACUGGCCCAAGACACGAGCGAAGACCAUGGGCGAAAAGGACGCUCUUGGUGUUGACGGUUGCGCCACAUUCUUCAAGGCGAGCAAGUACAUCCUACUGGACAAGCAGGUCAUCGAAUUCGCCGCCAUCGCGAUCAACAGGCCGGACAUGAAGAACCAGCACGACGUGUUUAACCGGGUCAUGCCCAAGGACAACAUCGCAGUCGUCUGCUUCCUAGAAAGCCGCGCCACGGGCGCACGCGUCAUUCUGGUCAACGGGCACCUUGCUUGGGAAUCCGUUCUCGCGGACGUCAAGGUGAUCCAGACGGGCAUUCUUAUGGAGCAGAUUGCCAAGUAUGCGGAGCGAUGGGUGCGCUGGCCUGCGGUCAAGGACAAGAGACUGUUUUCGUUCUCGACACCGAUGAAAGAGGGCGACGAGGCGACUCGUCCGGCGACGCCACAAGAGCCUGCGCCGAGCCAAGAAUACAGGAAUAACACCGACAUUCCGCUCCUAAUAUGCGGCGAUCUCAACUCGACUGUCGACAGUUCGGUCUACGAGCUUCUGUCUCAGGGCCGGGUACCUCCGGAUCAUCUGGAACUGGCCAAGUUCCAGUAUGGCAGCUUCACGAGGGACGGCAUCGAGCACCCGUUCAGUCUACGCGACGCCUACGCCCACCUCCAGGGAACACCGGACGAGCUCCCUUUCACCAAUUACACGCCCGGUUUCGUCGAUGUCAUCGACUACCUGUGGUACUCGACCAAUACGCUCGAGGUGGUGGACUUGCUGGGACCUCCCGACGCGGAGUGCCUCAAGCGGGUUCCGGCAUUUCCCAAUUACCACUUCCCGUCGGACCACAUACAGAUCAUGGCGGAGUUUGUCAUCAAGGCGCGUAAGGAGAAGAAGGUGCUACCGGAGCCGGAUUUCGGGACAGGAAGCGGCGGAGGCGACAAAUCGGGCCGGUGA